UGUGAAUCCUUCAUGCUUCAAACACUCCACCAUCAUCCCCAUUAGAGCUGCACGAUUCUUGCUGAAAUGUGAAUCACGAUUUUUCUCCAUGGGAAUUGAGAUCACGAUUCUCAUUUUUUCAACCAAAUUUUAUUGCACUCAAGUCCAAAAAAACCCCCCAAAAAAACAGGACAUUCAGUAUAAUAAAGUGCUAGAGUGACAAAGAAAAUAGUCCCUUUUCUUUAUUUUAGGCCCCUUAAAGUGAACAACUUAAAAGCUUUGUUUUUGAACAUAAGCGAUCGUUGACUAAAUAGAACCUGUGCUUUUUGCUCCAAUUGGCACAGAACCUUAAAAGUUCUUGGCCAAGGACACUAACCUAUCAACAUUUUGAGGUUUCAGGGAGGAACGCAGGCUUGAUACAAUGUUCCCCCCUGUGCUAAAAACCCUUUCUGAUGGGGAACUUGUAGCAGUGACACAGAGGUAUUUCCUUGCCAGCGCAGACAGUUUUGAAUAUUGUCCCUUGUGUUCCUUCCACCAGACUAAGGGAUCAUCUUCGCUGUCAAUGUUUCUUGUGAGCAGAUAUGAGCCUAGCUCCAUGUCAACAUCAUUCUCUUGAGCAGAAGCAUCAGAUGGUGCUGCUGCCUCAUUGCCCUUGGAAGGUCUUUCUCUUCUUUUCUACGGGGGGCAGCGGAGGCUGGGUGCAGUUGUAGGGGAACUUUGCUGGAAAAGAGAAAAGAUCACUUAAAAAAAAUCUCAAUAUUCUAUUCUAUGAAUUCUACAGAAUUCAUGUCUGUUCAAUAGAGGGUGCUACAUGCACUGCACUUUCUGUCAUUAUAAAAGUAACUAAGGCAUUAAUGUAAAUGUCUCACAUGGCAAACGUGUGAGUUUCAAUAGAUUAUUUCACACAAACAACUUGUUAAUCAUGUUUUACUGUAUGUUAUUCUAAUCUAAUCUACAAUGCAGCUUUCACUUGUUGCCACCAAAUGCUCUGGAAUGUGUAUCUGCAGCAGCUAUGGACAUAAGACACAGUUAAUAUCUUAUUGGUCAGCAUUUCUUUGAAGGGCAAAAUCAUCGUGCAUGACAUUAUUUAAAAUAAACUUGUAUUAUUUUCCCUUUCGAAGCUUCACUCUCCAGUCCAGCGGGUGGCGCUAAAACGUUUGUUUACCAAACACCAUUAAACCUCAAGACGAAGAAGAUCAGAUUCAGUGUGCUCUCUGUUGUUUUGUCUUGAUGCAGUUAAUAUAAACUGUUAGAAAAGUUUUUCUGUAAAUCGAAAAAUACAGUUUUUGAAUGCGGUCAAUAAAGUCUGUGAUAUUCUCGUCCUCACAGUCGUGACUAAGUUUUGAAUCAAGCAGGAAUACCUGGAGGACUAUAAUCUGAACUGAGAUCUGUUGCUAAAAUGAUGUUUGUUAAAGAGGAGAGUGAAGAGAACACAAGUGAACCAGAAACCUGGAGAAUAAAACACGAAGAACCUGAAACCUGCAAAAUAAAACUUGAUGAACCAGAAACCUGGAGAAUAAAACUUGAUGAACCAGAAACCUGGAGAAUAAAACACGAGCAUCAAGGAGAGUUGAUUAAAAAAUACAAGGAGAAUGAAGAAUCAAGUGAAGUUGAGGAGACCAAUCAUGUCAAACCUGGAGAAAAACCUAUGAGUUGCUCUCAAACCAAACAGAAUGAUUUACAGAAAACUGGAGUCAAUAAAUCUUUCCCCUGCACUCAGUGUGGAAAGAGAUUCACGCGCAAAUAUGGUCUUGAUGUUCACAUGAGAGUUCACACUGGAGAGAGACCAUUCCCAUGUGAAUAUUGUGGGAAGAGAUUCACUCAAGCAUCACACCUUUAUGAUCAUAAGAACAUACACACUAGAGAGAAGCUAUAUGCAUGCGAUCAGUGCGGUAAAAUGUUUUUAUGGGCUUCAGCCCUGAAGCAGCACUUGACAGUUCAUACAAAGGAGAAAACACAUUCAUGUGAUUUGUGUGGAAAGAGUUUUUCAUGUCCACAAAAUUUGAAAGUACAUCAAAAAGUACAUAUUGUUGUAAGAGAGAUAUGCUGUGAGUGUGGGAAGACUUUUACUACAGUAAGCUGUUUAAAACGGCACCAGAGGAUUCACACUGGAGAAAAACCUUACAAGUGUUCACACUGUGACAAGAGAUUCAACCAUUCAACACAUCUGAAAUCACAUGAGAGGAUUCACACUGGAGAGAAACCAUACAAGUGUUCACACUGUGACAAGAGAUUCAGUCAGUCAGCAAAUCUGAAAACACACCAGAGGAUCCACACCGGAGAGAAACCUUACAAGUGUUUACACUGUGACAAGAGAUUCUGUAAUUCCGGAAUCCUGAAAACACAUGAAAGGAUUCACACUGGAGAAAAACCAUAUCCGUGCACUGCAUGUGGGAAGUGUUUCAAAAAUGUAUCUAAUCUACACAGUCAUACAAAACGCAAUCACAGUAAGUAGAUCAUCUUCAGAUCCAGCUCUUUCAGGCAGCGGCGGACUGGUCAUCUGAAGCACUGGUAGUUUUCCCGGUGAGCCGGCCCGGCCCGGCCCAUUGUGUGAAUAUAUAUAUUGAAGGAAUUAUAGAGACAACACAACAAGACUUGCUGUUUGUAUUGUAUUACUGUUUACGAUAAAACAUUAAAAUUUUUAAACGACAGACAUUGAUUUUCAGGGAUACAAACUAAAAUGUUAAAUUUUUCUAAUUUCUUAAUGCUAUUAAUUAGGGCUGCAUGAUAAAUCGAAAUGAAAUCGAAAUCGCAGUUAGACACGAUCUUCGAUUUUCAUGCAAAUCUUUCUGUGAAGCAUGGUUAUGUGAUCAGAAGUAAAUCUCCAUCCGAAGGCUAGAUAACUCCAAAUAUGCCCCGCAGAAGAAACCCAUGAAAUACCAGCGGUAACUGGAUAAACGUAAGAUUUAACUGCUUUUAUUGAAUCAAUGGGAAUAAUAAAACGGUACUAUGACAAUAUGAUUUAUCCAAGUUCUUAUUAUUACAAUUUUCAUGAUUAAAUUGUCAGUGAACUACGGCUUUGAAAGUUUUGCGAAAGUUUUUCUGAAAGCAUGUGAUGGAGAUUUACUGCUGAUUGUAAAACCUGCUUUACUGACAAGAUGCUCAUGACAAUUGCAUUUGAUUAAUCGUGCAGGUCAACCAUUAAUGUUAAUCGUCACAAUAUAAGAUAAGGGGGCAUGUUUGCAAAUCUCUAUUCAGGCUUUCAUCUGUAACCUCACAUAACAAAUAUAUAAAUCGUUCUCAAACUUACUCUGCCUAGAACAUUAAAUAAAAAUACAAUUUGCUAGCCUAUUUCACAUACAUUACACACGGGCAGUGAAAUGUUUGAAAGAAUUUUUAUGUAAUUUCUGAAUAAAAUAAUUUUGUAUAUAAAAAAACAGUAAAAUAUCAAUAUUGUGAAAUACUACAGUUAAAAAGUGGUUCUCUUUUAAAAAUAUUUUGUAAACUGAAUAUUUUGCAUGUUUACUCCAGUCUUCAGUGUCACGUUCCUUCAGAAAUCAUUCUAAUAUGCUGAUUUGCUGCUUAUCUAUUAUUAUCAGAUAUUAUUUGUGAUCAGUUAUUACUAAUGGUUGUUGUCAGUUUAGAAAACUUGUUGUUGUUUAAUGUUUUUGUGUAAACUGUGAUUAAAUUAUUAAUUUAUAAUAGACUGCUUUUAAUCUUACCCAUAAAAAAUAUGAAGCAGCACAACUGUUUUCAACAUUUAAAAUAAUUUUGAUCUUGGUAAGUGGGCUGCUCUGUGCCAUGAAUUCCAGGGCCACUUUUUAGCCCCAGUCCGCCCCUGCUUUCAGGUCUGAUUCUGCAUCAUCACCAAAUGAGACAAAAAAAUGCAUCAAGCAAUAAAAUAUAAUCUGGAUAAAUCUUCCUAACCAGCAGUUGCAAGUGACAUGACAAAGAAACGUUAUAUAAAGUUUUCACAGUGAAUGAAGUUCAUCUUCAAAACCAGCAGAUUCAACUGUGAUUCAGAUCAACAAAGAACACUGUCAGAAAGAUUUUUUUUUGUGUGUGUUUUUUUAUGAGUUUCAUAUCAUGUUCAAUUGUCUUAUAAUGCAUAUGUUUCACUUGUAAUUUGCUUGCUCUGUCAUGAAGUAAAAUGAAAGCUCUUACAGACUGUUCUUGUUCAGGAAGCUGGAGGAAGAGGCUAAUGCUUCUCAAGGCCUGAGAUUUAAUAUUAAUUUGUUCUUUAUUGUUGACUUGAGAUAUUCUUCCACUUAAGAUGUAUUUGGGAAACGCAGAUGCAAUAUAAACUGUCAUGUAGCUUUGUAAUUGAUCCUUCGGUCCCACUUUAUAUUAGGUGGCCUUAACUACUAUGUACUUACAUAAAAAAAUAAGUACAAUGUACUUUUUGUGUUCAUAUUGUAUUGUAAAACACUUUUGCUGCUAUUGAGGUGG